AUGCUCCCCGUCGGCCGCUCUCGCCUCGCACUCGCCGGCGCCUCCCUCGCGUACGGCACUGGCCUCUUCGUCGCGUACGAGGCAUCGCGGCCAAAGCCGCCGCUGCUCACGUGCGAGCAGCGGCGCGACCGCUUUGCAGAGCUGGCGCAGGGAUACGACGGCGACGUGCACUGCGACGAGCAGUCGAGCGGCAUCCUGGCGUGGAGGCAGGAGCUCGUCGCACAGGCGCGCGGCCGCGUCCUCGAGAUCGCCGGCGGCACGGGGCGCAACCUCGAGCACUUCCCGGCCGCGGUGAGCGAGCUGGUUGUCGGCGACAACUGCGAGGCGAUGCUACAGGUGGCGGCGCGCCGGGUGGCCGAGGCGCGAGUCGGCGGAGGCGCCGCGUGCUGCCCCAGCGCAGUCACACUGGCGGUGAUGGACGCGUCGGCGCUUCCGUUUGCCGACGACUCGUUUGACACGGUCGUCGAUACCUUUGGCGUUUGCUCCUUUGAGGCGCCCGUCCAGGCGCUGAGAGAGAUGGGGCGCUGCUGCAAGCCUGGCGGCGCCGCCCACCGCCUCAACCGGCACGUCGACCGGUGGGGGUGCUACUGGAACCGGGACAUCGAGGGGAUGGUGGCCGAGAGCGGGCUGCGGGUGGUGAGCGUACAGCGGCGCCACCUGGGCACGACAGUGAUGCUGCGGUGCGAGCCUGCGAAGGGAGAGGCGAGCUGA